AYACGAAUGGAGCUUAACACGUCUGCAAUACUCACGARUAACCAGUCAGCAGAAUCUUCAAGGCAAUUAGACCCCAGUACUACRAUACAAGUGGUAUUGUAUGCAUUGGUCAUAUUUGUGGCAAUCACAGCAAACGGGCUUGUUUGUUGGGUGAUUCAAAGAAGCCCACAGCUACACAAUGUUAUCAACAUAUUCAUAAUCAGCAUGUCGRUCUCAGACCUCCUCCACGCGCUGCUCAAAAUGACGACAACUCUSGUCGCAACACUCGAAAGAGACUGGUACCCACACAGUUUUCUAUGCUACAUAACUACACCGUUUGGGGUUCUCUUCGGCGCAGCUUCGGUGUUCAACCUCUGCGCAGUCGCAAUGAACCAGUACUUCGUCAUUGUCAAACCAUUUCAUUAUAUAACAACAAUGACACCCGCGCAUGCGCGACGGGUAAUCACCGGCCUCUGGGUUGGAAGUGUUGUAAUCUCAUGYCCACCAAUAUUCUGGCGGACACCGGACAUMAUAUGUAAAAGUGGCGCGGUCGCUAAGGAGUACUAYCACGCGGAAGUCGCUUACAUUUGUGCACUGUGGCUAUUUGUCUUUAUUAUACCAUCAAUAAUCAUGUUCUGGAGCUACAGCAAUAUAUUCUUUACGGCCAAAGAACAGAUAAAAAGAAUGAGAAACGAGAACACACCGUUCGAGAAUUCCUGCUCGUCUACAACUCGUAAGAAAGAGCUUCGUGUGGUGGCACUGUUGGCGUUGAUUGGUGGAAUUUUCUUAAUUUGUUGGCUGCCUUUCUUCAUAGUGAUGACUCUACUGAAAUUUUCAUCCAUCAAAGUAGAUGUGAAAUAUUUCAAAGGAUUUCUAUUUCUGAUGUAUUCAAAGUCUGCCAUCAACCCCAUUCUUUACACCGUUAUGAACCAAGAUUURAAGAGGGCCUGCCUGAAGUUUUUGUGCCCAAAGAGACUAUUGCAGAAAGAGAGUGCAACAUUUUUACCAAAUAAAAACGGCAAAAAUMGAAACAAUUGUAACGGUAAUGGCCACCUUUCUGURCCUGCCAAUGAUACCGUACUAAUGUCAGACAUCAAAAGCAAUUGCUAACAUUUAAUCUUACACUUCGAACAAUACCUUUUGAGAUGAUUUUUCAUAUUCUUAAUUUAGAAUAAAAUUCUUAAAAACAAAAAUAAUACUAGAAUAUAAUCAUUUUGACAUAAAAAUAUUAUUUUUAAAACCGUUACUUCAAACUAAAAGGAUUCUGGAAAGAAAAUCAUCACCGAAAAUCAUUCUGGUGUUGAAAGCACUACCGAUGAGGAUUCUGGUAAUGAAAGUACCACCCAAAAGAAUUCUGGUACUAAAAGUAGUACCGAUAAGGAUUAUGGUCAUAAAUGCACUGCCGCAAAAGAUUCUGGGUAAUGAAAGCACUAACAAAAAGGAUUAUGGCACUGAAAGUAGUACCGAUAAGAAUUCUGGUAUUGAAAGCCCUACCAAAAAGGAUUAUGGUCAUAAAUACGCUACCGCAAAGGAUACUGGUAGAGAAAGCACUACGAAAAUGAUUUCUGGUAAUAAAAGUACUUCAGAAAAGAAUUAUGGUGAUGAAAGUAAUACAGAAAAUAAUUUGGUACUAUAAGUACCAUAAAGGAAGGCUUUCUUUGUUAAAAUAUCGCUCUGUUAUACAGAAAGCGUCCGUGAUAAUAUACAUACAUGUCAUUAUUAAAAAAAACAUUUC